AUGCAAGACAAGAAUAUUUUACAUGGACCAUCAUUGCCUGAUUUGGAAUUCAAAAAUGUAACAUUAGGACAGCUAAUAUUAAAUCAAUUAAGUAUUCGUGGCUCUUGGGUAGCACAGAUUAAUGCUUAUACAGGAAAAUCGAAAACAUUUAAAGAAAUUCUAGACUUUAGUCGACAAUUGGCAAUUGCCUUUAGUAAAGAAGGGUUAAAAAAAGAUGAUCGAAUAGCUAUAUGUAGCGAAAACAAUCUAGAAUAUUGUCCAGUAGUAUGCGCUGCAUUUUAUUUGGGUGUCACUGUCUGCCCAUUGAACCCACUUUAUACGGAAAGAGAAUUAAAACAUGCAUUGCAUAUAUCAAAACCAAAAUAUAUCUUUGUGUCAGAAUUCGGAGCGAAAAAUAUAUACAAAGUUAUUCCUCAACUAUUCUGGUUACCAAAGCUCAUAAUGUUAACAGAAUCUGUGAAUAAUAAAUUACCAAGUAUUAAUAGCCUAACGUCAGACAUAAUCAUUGAUAAUAAUUUCCAUGGCUGUUCUGUGGAUAUCAAUGAUCAUGUGGCAGUCAUUCCAUGCUCCAGUGGCACUACAGGACUGCCAAAAGGUGUAAUGUUGACAGAUAAAAACUUUUUGUCUGUGAUAAAAAAUCUUGCAAUUGCAUCACCUAGUAUUUCAAAUAGUAAUAUAACAGGCUUAGCUUUACUGCCAUUUUUCCAUGUGUAUUCUUUUUCUGUAAUGCUAGCAGCGCUCGUUUUUGGAAAUAAAAAUGUAAUUCUUCCACGUUUUGAAGAAGAAAUGUUUUUACGUACUAUAGAAAAGUAUAAAAUUGAGCAUAUAACUAUUGUACCACCACUCAUGGUGUUUCUAGCAAAACAUCCUACCAGAUGAAGGAUUCAUUCUAUUCUAUUUAAUUAGGUGUGGUGCUGCACCUUUAUCUGAAGAAAUUGCAAAGAUGGUUGUAAACAGAUUAAAUAAGCCAAUAAUAAAGCAAGGAUAUGGAUUAACAGAAACUACGUUGGCUGUAGUAGAGAUGCCUGAUGAUAAUACAAAAUAUAAAAGCGUAGGAAUGUUAGUUCCAGGAGUAUCAGCAAAAGUAAUACCAAUCAAUGGAAAUGAAUCAAGCAAACCGCUAGGACCAAACAGUGUAGGAGAAUUAUGUUUUAAAGGGGAUAUAAUAAUGAAAGGAUAUUGCGAUAAUGAACAAGCUACAGCGGCAACAAUCGAUAAGGAUGGUUGGUUGCAUUCAGGAGAUGUAGGAUAUUACGAUGAACAAGGCUAUUUCUAUAUAGUAGAUCGUGUGAAAGAACUUAUUAAAUACAAGGGAUUUCAAGUCCCACCAGCUGAAUUAGAAGCUAUAUUAUUAACCUGCUCUGAAAUUAAAGAUGCAGCGGUUAUUGGACUACCGCAUGAAGAAGCAGGAGAGCUGCCAGUUGCUUUUGUUGUUAAGCAAGAAGGAUCUAAUAUAACGGCAGAAGAUGUUAUUAAAUUCAACGCGUAUCAAGGCAUAAACAACUUCGAGGUGGUGUUAAAUUCGUUGAAAAUAUUCCACGGACCGCAUCGGGAAAAAUUCUACGCCGUGUAUUACGCGAUACGCUUAAAUCAAAAUUAUGAAAAAUUAACAAGAAAGAUGUAAUAUUAUUUCGAAUCUAUCUUUCUUUUAUAUUUACAUUCAUUCUAAAGAAAAUUAUAAGCAUAAAUAUUUUAUGAAACAGCAUUCGUGAACUUUUAUCAGAACAUAUUUUUUAUAAACAUAUUUUUAAUUAACUUCUUAGCAAAUUAUGA